UGUCCGUAGCGUAAGACGUGUGUUCCAUCGGAUUGCAAGCUUCGAGUCCACGCGGUCGUAAGUCGCGCGAGUUUGCCGAGUUGGUGAAAUGUUAAUAUAAUGUGUAAUUAGUUUUAUUCAUCUGCUUACUAACUAAUAAUAUGGGCGCGCGCGUGGCGCCGGGCGCGUGGUGCGUAGUGGCACUGGCGGCGACGCUGCUCCGCGCGGCCGGCGCGCCGCGGGCUUGCGCCGCCAACGCGCUUUGCGUGUGUCGCGCUGACCACUUCGCCUGCGACCUUGUGCCCUUCUACAGGUUUCCUGAUACCGAGGACGGCGCGGCGCACGUGUCGCUGUGGUCGGCGCGGCUUGGCGCGCUGGGCGAGGCGGCGCUCGACGCUCGCGCGCUGCGUACGCUCGUGCUGGUGGCCGCACGGCUGCAUCACCUCGAGACUAACGUCUUUACGUCAAUGGUUACGACGCUUGCAUCGUUAGAUCUAGGAUACAACGAAUUUACAGAGAUACCUAUUGAAGCACUUAAACAUUUGAGAGUGUUGAACUGGCUCAAUUUGCAAAACAACUUAAUAAGUGAUCUAGAUUCAAAUAUAGACUGGGGAGGAUUGUCAGAUUCUUUGGGCAGUUUAUCACUCAGUAACAAUCAAAUAUGCGUCAUACGAGAGAACGCCCUCUCGUCUCUCCGACAACUGGUGCAGCUGGAGCUGGAUGGAAACCGCUUGAGAGAACUAGAGGCACGCUCUCUACCGUCGAGUAUCGUUCUUCUGAGGCUUUCUGACAACUUGUUGUCGGCCACGCCUUGCGAAGCCCUCGCUUCGCUGUCGCGGCUGCGCCACCUGCACCUCCGAAACAAUCUCCUUAGACCGAGCUCGAAUCACAGCUGUGGGGCCGAACGUUCAAAAAUCGACUCUUUAGACCUCAGCCACAACGAACUCACCGACAGCUCUCACUUUGACUUCAAACACGGCUUCCAGUUAAAACAAUUAAUUUUGGACUUUAACGAGUUCACAACUGUGCCUGCCUUAGCUUUAGAAUUUGGACGAUUGGAAAAGUUGUCAAUGUCUUAUAAUAACAUUACAGAUUUACCGAAUGCUAUGGUACACGCUUUGAAGUACAACUUAGAACGUCUAGAACUCGAUCAUAAUAAGAUUCGUAAACUUCCGCCAAAUAUCCAGGAAUUAGGUCGCUUGCGAUAUUUUUCUAUCGCUUACAAUGAUUUGGAAGAUGUCGAGUAUUUGCCUCCGAAUUUGCACUCCUUGUUAAUCAGUGGCAACUUUUUGUCAAAGUUUCCGAGUGCGUUGCAAAAUAUAUCUUCUGCAACAAUAGUGUUCCUAGAUCUAAGCUACAACGCAAUCUCCCAGUUGAGCGCCGACGCGUUCGGACCGUGGGCGGACGCGCUGGCCACGCUCAGCCUGCGCGCCAACCGCCUCACGCAGCUCACCGCCGGCUCCUUUCCUCCGCUGCCUCUCCGAGAGCUCAUCCUCAGCUUUAACGACUUAUACCACGUCGAAAAAAUCGUCUUCGCCAAUCUCACCGACUUGAAAAUCCUAGAAUUAUCUUCCACUUUUUUCAAUGGAGAUUUUCCCGCUGGUUCUGGUUUGGAAACUUUGAAGUGGUUGAAAUUAGAUAGUAAUAACAUUCAUUACUUUUCAUCAGCAGAUUUUCAGAACUUUCCGUCGUUAGAGUAUCUCAAUUUAGAUUUUAACAAAAUAAUUGAAUUCCCGAGCGAAGUGACGGAAGUGAGCGGCUUUUAUAAAUUAAGAGAGUUAAGACUGUCGUACAAUUAUAUAAGUAGAGUAAAUUCGGAAUUUCUAGUUUAUUUAGCGGAUCUACAAAGUGUGGAUUUAUCUUAUAAUCGCAUACACAAUGUCAGUGAAUUGAACUUUGCAAAUUUACCGAACUUGGUUUAUUUAAGUUUGGCGGCGAACGGCAUUGAGUUGGUCGCUGAGGGCGCGUUUAGCGCGCUACCGCGGCUGCAGGCCCUGGAGCUUCAGUACAAUGACCUGACCGAGUUCUCCACGCGCUACUUCCUCAACGUGUCUGCUGACGAUGCCCAGCUUUCCGUCAACGCUAGUUACAACCGCAUCGCUUCAUUAACAGGUGGACGCGACGCUCAGUUUCGCGUUCUUGAUUUAUCUCAUAACUUGUUAGAGAGCAUUUCGAGAAAUUUUUUUGAUGCCUUAGGUUCACACAUUAAACAUUUAUUUCUCUCACACAACAGAAUAAUACAUAUUGAAAGCUACACUUUUUCGUCUUUAGUAAAACUGGAUAUAUUGCAUCUUCAAAACAAUAGCAUUAGUGCACUACGCCGUCGAGCUUUCUUCGAAAUGAAUUCUUUGCAAAUUUUGGAUCUAUCCCAUAACAGUAUUUCGCAAUUACUUGUGGAACAAUUCUACAAUUUGCGACAACUGCGUCAUUUAAAACUUAAUAACAACGUCUUACGAGCCCUGCCUCGCGACAUAUUUAAGAAUACUCUCAUUGAGUACUUAGACUUGGGAGAAAAUCAGCUCGCUCUGUUUCCGAGCAGCGCGUUGUCUCAAGUGGGCUUCACUCUGCGGCGGCUCGAGCUGCCGGGAAACAGACUGGAGUACCUCGACGUCGCGAUGUUCCACGCGACUGCGUUUCUACACGAACUCAAUCUAGCCCGCAACGCCUUGACUGUACUCUCGGAUAACACCUUCGCCGGUCUACCGCAACUGCGUCGACUCGACCUUUCUUACAAUGCGAUUAAAACUAACUUCAAAGAACUCUUUCAUAACGCACCACGGCUUCGCCGGCUUUCUCUAGCGGGUAUCGGCCUGAAGAGUAUACCUCAGCUGCCGCUCAAUUAUCUCACUGAGUUAAAUUUAAGUAACAAUUAUAUCGCAUCGUACGGGGAGAGUGAGGUGCGUCAUCUGUUUAAUUUACGAGCGCUCGACAUCUCCGCCAACAAGUUCACGUCCUUGAGACCGGCAAUGUGGGAGGGAUUGCCGCGAUUGAUUUCCUUAGACGUGUCGCGCAAUCCCGUCGUGCGAGUGCCGAUAAGCGCUUAUGAAAGUUUGUCACAUCUUCUACAUCUUCGUAUGUACGGUCUGCGAUAUUUGGAGGCGAUAGAACCGAAGGCGUUUCGAUCGCUAGUGUCCCUGCGGUCGUUGAGCCUAGAGUCCCCUGUGAUUCCAGGUCGAAAUUUGCCUAUCGCCGAAAUAGUUUCGUCCGUUCCACAUUUGGAGGCGUUAAGUCUUUUCAUACAAGAUGUGACGUUGGACAAGCAAUUGUUGGAAGUGGCAGUCCCAAAGCUGCGGUCGGUGGAAGUUCACGGGCGGGCCCUUCGGCGCGUGUCGGCGGGAGCGCUGGUGGGGCUGGGCGGGCAGCGCGCGCUGGCGCUGCGGCUGGGCGGCUCGGGGCUGGCGGCGCUGCCGGCCGGUCUUGCCGCCCCGCUGGCGCGCGUGCCGCACCUUGCUCUCGACUUUAGCGAUAACCAGCUGACAACUUUCAGUCCAGCGGUGCUUUAUCCAAACCAUACAGGCUGGAACCGAUACGCCACGAGAUUGGUACCAGGUGGUUUAUCGCUCUCCGGGAAUCCCUUCCGAUGUGGGUGUUCCUCCUCUUGGGUAGGAGGUUGGCUGCGACGUUGGACUACGGAGGUGGGCGGAGACAGCCGGGGCGCGAGAGCCGCGGCCAGCGCCAGCACGUGCGCGAGCGGCGCGCGCCGGCUGCCGCUGCUCGCGUUGCACGUCGAUGAGGCCGAAUGCCACGCCAGCGCCCUCUCCAGCCCCUCCUCGAAGAAUUCCCCUUUGUCACUUGUCUGUAUGGUUUCAGUCGCGGUUCUGGUGCAGUCUGUCAGAUAGUGAACAAUCCACAUUAAGUAGGUUUACAUCGAGCGAUGUGACACUACGCGUGUUCAUAAUUUAUAUAACAUUUGUGAUAACUCAUGCCUGUUAAGAAUUAAAUUAGAUUGCGGGUUGCUAUGGAAAAAUAACAGGAUUGUACUGAUUUGAAAUUUAUUAUUUUGCCUUGUUCUGUUCUUUCUGAAUCUGUUCUUUAUUAUUAUUGGUACUUUUUGCUACGGAAAGCUACUUUCCGGCAAUCUCUGUAUAUUAUGGUAUUUGAGAGAAAUGUGAAUUGUAAUUUAAACAUUGUUUUUAGCAUAUCUUUCUAUUUUUUGUGAAUCGUAUUAGUAAAUAGCUUCUGAAACCGUUCCUAGACUCUAAAACGAACAACGAAACGUUUUGAACGACAUUUUACUACAAAAUAUCACACGUAAUCGGUUUUUGAUGAGCCGGUGGUACUGCGGCGCCGGCCGCUCGCUCGCUCGCAGUAUUACUAUAAAUGUAAAUAAGAUGUAAAUAUUCAGAUUGGUUAUUAUAAGAGAGGAAUUAAAUAUU